AUGUCCGAGCUGCGAUUCGAUAACCAGACCGUCGUCGUCACCGGCGCCGGCGGUGGCCUGGGGAAAGCAUAUGCUCUCUUCUUCGCCUCAAGGGGCGCAAAUGUCGUCGUGAACGACCUCGGUGGCUCUCACAAGGGUGAGGGCAAGUCAUCAAAGACCGCAGAUGUCGUCGUUGAUGAGAUCCGGGCCGCCGGCGGCAAGGCUGUUGCCAACUACGACAGCGUCGAGAACGGUGACGCCAUUAUUGACACGGCUAUUAAGAACUUUGGCCGUAUUGACAUCCUCCUCAAUAACGCUGGUAUUCUGCGGGAUAUCAGCUUCAAGAACAUGAAGGACGAGGACUGGGAUUUGAUCAACAAGGUUCACACUUAUGGCGCAUACAAGUGCGCAAGAGCUGCAUGGCCGCACUUCCGGAAACAAAAGUUCGGUCGUGUGAUCAACACCGCCUCGGCGGCCGGCCUGUUCGGCAGCUUCGGUCAGGCUAACUACUCGGCUGCCAAGCUCGGCCAGGUUGGCUUCACCGAGACCCUGGCCAAGGAGGGUGCUAAGUACAACAUUCUCGCAAACGUCAUUGCUCCCAUUGCUGCUAGCCGCAUGACGGCUACCGUGAUGCCGCCCGAUGUCCUGGAAAAUCUCAAGCCCGACUGGGUGGUUCCUCUGGUCGCGGCCCUUGUGCACUCGUCCAACACCACCGAGACGGGCGGUAUCUACGAAGUUGGUGGUGGCCAUAUGGCCAAGCUGCGCUGGGAGCGUGCCAAGGGUGCCCUCCUGAAGACCGAUGACUCCCUGACUCCUGGCGCUAUUGCCCGGAAGUGGAACGACGUGAACGACUUCUCCAAGCCGGACUACCCUAGCGGCCCUGCCGACUUUAUGGGUUUCCUGGAAGACGGCCUGAAGAUGCCUAGUGCUCAGCCGGGACAGGAGCCCGACUUCAAGGGCCGUGUUGCUCUGAUCACUGGUGGCGGUGCUGGUCUCGGUCGCGCAUACUGCUUGCAGUUCGCCAAGCUUGGUGCUUCUAUUGUUGUCAACGACCUUGUCGACCCUGAGCCGGUCGUUCAGGAGAUCAAGAAGCUGGGCGGCAAGGCCGUUGGAAACAAGGCUUCUUGCGAGGAUGGCGAUGCUGUCGUCAAGAGUGCGAUUGAUGCUUUCGGACGCAUUGAUAUCCUGGUUAACAACGCCGGUAUCCUGCGCGACAAGGCUUUCACCAACAUGGACGACAACCUGUGGAACUCGGUUGUCAACGUCCACUUGCGUGGUACCUACAAGGUGACCAAGGCCGCAUGGCCCUACUUCCUCAAGCAGAAGUACGGCCGCGUGGUCAACACUGCAAGCACCAGCGGUAUCUACGGCAACUUCGGCCAGGCCAACUACGCUGCGGCGAAACUCGGUAUCUUGGGUCUGUCCCGCACUCUCGCCAUGGAGGGCGCCAAGUACAACAUCAAGGUCAACACUAUUGCUCCCAACGCGGGCACCAACAUGACCCGUUCCAUCAUGCCCGAGGAGAUGGUCCAGGCCUUCAAGCCGGACUACGUUGCCCCGCUGGUGGUACUGCUCUGCUCCGACAACGCCCCGGAGCCAUCGACCAAGGGCCUGUUCGAGUGUGGCAGUGGCUGGUUUGGCCGCACUCGCUGGCAGCGCUCCGGUGGCCACGGCUUCCCGGUGGAUGCCAAGCUGACCCCCGAGGAGGUGGUUGCCAAGUGGAAGCAAGUUACCGACUUCGAGGACGGGCGUGCUGACCACCCGGAGGAUGGCCAGGCCGGUGCCGAGAAGGUCAUGGCUAACAUGUCUAACCGCGCGGGCGGCGAUGCCUCGAGCGGCGAGAAUGAAAUCCUGCAGAAUAUCGAGAAGGCCAAGACAUUGUCGACUGAUGGCACUUCGUUCGACUAUGUGGAUCGCGAUGUGCUUCUCUACAACCUUAGCGUGGGCGCCAAGCGCACAGACCUGCCCCUGGUCUACGAGAACAAUGAGCACUUCCAAGCACUUCCUUCUUAUGGUGUGAUUCCCUGGUUCAACACUGCCACCCCAUGGAACAUGGACGACAUUGUGAAGAACUUUUCGCCCAUGAUGCUGCUCCACGGUGAGCAGUACCUGGAGAUCCGCAAGUUCCCAAUCCCCACCGCUGCCAACACCUUGACGUACCCCAAGCUCGUUGAUGUCGUGGACAAGGGCAACGCGGCCCUCGUGGUGGCGGGCUACACCACCAAGGAUGCUAAGACGGGCGAGGACCUCUUCUAUAACGAGUCGACCAUCUUCAUCCGCGGCAGUGGUGGUUUCGGCGGCUCGCCCAAGCCCACCGCCCCUCGUCCCAAGGCGGCCAUUGCUGCGUACAAGCCCCCGCAGCGCCAGCCUGAUACCGUCGUGGAGGAGAAGACCUCCGAGGACCAGGCCGCGCUGUACCGUCUGAAUGGCGACCGCAACCCGUUGCACAUUGAUCCGGAUUUCAGCAAAGUUGGCGGUUUCAAGAUCCCGAUCCUGCACGGGUUGUGCUCGCUCGGUGUUUCGGCUAGGCACGUCUUCGCUAAGUACGGCGCCUACAAGAACCUCAAGGUUCGCUUUGCGGGUGUCGUGCUGCCGGGCCAAACCCUCAAGACCGAGAUGUGGAAGGAGGGCAACACCGUCCUCUUCCAAACGACUGUUGUUGAGACCGGCAAGCCGGCCAUCUCUGGCGCAGGUGCUGAGCUGCUUGAGGGUGCCAAGGCUAAGCUGUAA